UGUCACUACAUCUUUUUCAUUAGCUUUUAUUUUGAAGCUUGAAUGGAGCUGCAUGUCUGUUGCCACAGUCACUGUGGACAUCAAGGAUCAUCGCAUUGCUUGUGUGUGUGGCUGGUGUUAGAACUGGUAACUUCAGAUUGAAACAGUGGUUGCAUGAAGCGGGUUUCGGCAGCAGAGGAAUUUAUAUAAUGCAUAGCAUCACAGCAAUAUCCCGUUUAUCCGCCGAUACAACUGUAUAGGUAAAUACUUACCGUAAUUUUGAUUUAUAGAGCUAGUCAUGUUAGCCACCUGACAGUUCUGCCGACUGGUUGUGUCGGAUUCGUAAGAAAACAGGCAGUGGGCCAACUAGCAUGACAGCGACGAUACAGGAGAGGCCGGAUAUCUAACGUCAUUUCUCGCUUCUGUAGAAAACAGCAUCAGUCGACAGUCCAUCGUAAACUUGCUCCCGUAACGCAAUAACAUUUGAAGUUACAUAAGGUAUAGAAUGGGGCAUAUCUUGUCCAUUUCUCGCGCUAACUAGUUCAUGUUAAACUCACGUUAGCUGUGCUAGCAGCAGACGAAACGCACGUAAAGAUAACAAUCUCGUUAUGAUUUCGUAAUCCACCUCCGGAGCCAGCUAAUGUUGGCUGCUGAUUACACAUCGACUUAAUAAUAACACCAGCAAACACGUAGUUUUGAAGACAUAGUUGGUGUAUCGGUUGUUGAACGUCAACUACUAUUUUCUGCAUAGCAUUAGCUUGCGAGGUCCCUAUCUGAAGGUAACGUUAGCCGAGCUAUCGUUAUUGGAGAUGGCCACUGCUUCAGGAUUCCCCCUUGGUCUGAGCGGAUCCCGCAGUGGACCAUUGGUCACCCAACCGCCCUCUGGAAUUCCUGGCCAGGCACAGCCUAUGGUGGUUGUGUGGGAAUGGCAGGACGACUUCGGAUACUGGCGACCAUACAGUGGUCAGGUGAGCUGUUACAUCGAACAAUGCCUGCUACAUCAAAGAGGAUCAAGAGGUGGGGGACCAGCUUCAACUAGCAUCUCUCUAGGGCAGUCAGACCCUAGCCUGGCGGCUUACAUCAUUGACAUCCCCAAUCUGAAGCAGUUUCGACAGGACACUGGAAAGCUGCGCUGUGUGCGCCAGAGCCUGUUCCCGCAGUCGUCAGCCCUAAGCAGCGGCGUCUUCUGGGAGUGGGCCAACGACGAGGGCAGCUGGACGGCGUACGAGAUCCGCACCUCCAUCCUGCUGGAGCACAGCUACCAGGCGGGCCAGGGCACGGCCGACCUGGGCCCCCACGGCUACAACUACAUCGUGGACCUCACCGCCCUGGCCCAGGUCAACAAGACCUCGGGCUUCCGGCGGCAGGUGCGGCGGCAGGCCAGCGCCCCUUACCCGCUGGCCACAAGCUCCGUCAUCCACUCGGGGCCGGCUUGCACGUGUCAGCAGUGCCUGAGUCACAGCAGCACCACGGGACCCAUGCCCAGCCGAUCCCGCCACUCCUUCUCGGCCGGGCAGGCCAGCAGCAGGCCCAGCUUCCAGGGCCAUGGGCGAGCGGCCGCUGGUGGUGGUGGUGGUGGCGGCAGUAGUAGCGGUGCUGGUGGUGGUAGUAGUAGCAGCAGCAGCAGCAGCAUGCCCUCCUCUGUGUACUCCCCCUACCCCAGGAGACCCCUGUCCGUGGGGAACGUGUCCUGGGGCGGCCCCUGGAGCUCGGCCUCGUCUACAUCGCAGCAUCCAGGACCACCACUCGGACCACCUGGGCACCUUGGGCCUGGACUUGGACCCGGACCCGGGCCCGGGCCUGGGCCUGGGCCUGGGUUUGGACCGGGACUUGGACUGGGAUUAGGACCUGGUCUAGGGCCUGGACUGCCGUACCCUCCCAGCACAAAUGGAUUCAGCAUCCCAACCAUCCCGGUGCACUUGAAUGGCUCGACCAGUGUGAGCGCAGCCCUGGCAGGCAUGGCUUCCAUUUUGAUGUCAGCAGCCGGACUCGGAGUUCGCUUCACGAGCGCCCCCCUCUGUCAGCGUGGCUCGGGCCGGCCGCCCACCUCCUCUUCCUCCUCCUCCUCCUCCGCCCCGGCCUCCGCCUCGGCCUCCAAAAGCCAGGAGGGCGCCCCCCAUAGGAGGUCAAAGAGGCAGCCGAGGACAGGUGGGCCUCAGAAGGCGGAGGAUGUCAUCCAGAGAUACAUGGAGGAGGUGGCACCACCUGCUGAUGAGGAUUGUAUUAUUUGUAUGGAGCGCCUGACGUCUCCCUCCGGCUACGACGGAGCACCAGAGGGGGGCCACCAGGCGAUCCAACCCAGCGCCGUGGGGAAGCUCACCAAGUGCGGACACACCCUCCACAUGCUGUGCAUGCUGGCCAUGUACAACAAUGGAAACAAGGAUGGCAGCAUUCAGUGUCCCUCGUGCAAGACAAUCUACGGCCAGAAGACGGGAACGCAGCCCAAGGGCAAGAUGGAGAUCUACAGCGUGUCCCAGGCCCUCCCCGGCCACUCCGACUGCGGCACCAUACAAAUAGUCUACAACAUCUUACCUGGAAUACAGGGCCCUGAGCACCCCAACCCAGGCCAGCCCUACUCCUGCAGAGGCUUCCCUCGAUUCUGCUUCCUGCCCGACAACGAGAAAGGCAGAAAGGUCUUAGAGCUUUUAAAGAUUGCGUGGACCCGCCGGCUGAUCUUCACGGUGGGGACGUCGAGCACCACGGGCGAGCCGGACACGGUGGUGUGGAACGAGAUCCACCACAAGACGGAGAUGAUGUCCAACGUCUCGGGCCACGGCUACCCGGACCCCAACUACCUGGACAACGUACUGGCGGAACUGGCCUCACAAGGCGUGACGGAGGACUGCUUAAAACAGGACAGGCGCAAUCAGGGCACAGCACCAAGUCCCGCCCACUGAUAUUAGGGUGUCUGAUUGGUCCAGUCACCCCUGUCAGUCAUCAACCAUCCAAGCAAUCAUCAAGGAGGAAGAGGAACCACAAACAGCAGAACGGGGGCAAAUGUGUAGCCUUACCCUUACGACUUGCCGUAGUCUGCUGUGCGAGACGCUGGGCUUGUGAAUAUGGAUUGUUAAUGGUGCCAAAGGCAUGCAUAAUGAACUGCUCCAUCCGGCCCCGGUCUAGUCUGGUCCGUUUCCUUUAAUCCUGCACUCAACCUGCUCUGUCAAAGCCGUAGGAGAAUCAAGAGGCCUUCAGGGAGAGGAAGCAGCAGCGAAGUCAAAACGUCACAUAUUAAUCCGAAACCACAGACAGAGAAUGAAUACUGAGCUUGGCUCGCAAGGAAAAUAAACACAUUGUUGUGGAUAGAAUAUGGAGGCUUCAGUUGUUAUGUUGCAUAGGCUAUUGGAGAGGUGAGGAAGGCAACUUAUACAUGUAGCAUACAAUGUUUUGACCCUCCUUUUUUCUGCCAUCUAUUUUCAGUUGAUUUGAAAAUGACUGUGGGGGGCGUAAGGUAAGCUUGGCUUCCAGGCACAUCAAUGGUGUGUGACCUUAACGAGAAUGAAGCCAAGGAAGAGAAAGUGGUGUGAAACACCUUGCGAUCAGAGGCCUUAAAAAGGUUCAAACAAAAACAAAACUUUUUGUUUCCUUUUUUGACAUGCAUCCUGAGACUGUCAGCGGUGGGGUCAGGAGCAUUAUCUUUACACAUUUCUGAGGCACUUUAGUUUUUAACGGCGCGGUUCAUUAGGACAUGAUUCCACAGGCACAGGCAUUACACAGCAGCGAAGAAGAUUUAAAAUUAAUUUUUUAAAAAAGAAAGAAAUUGGCUUCCAUGCCUGCUGACCUGUGCAGCAAGAGUUGUUUUUUGUUUUAACUGGCACCUCCAGUGAAUUAGCACUGGGAAUGUUUAUCAGGUUCUUGCACAUCAUCGACUACUCAUUUAUUAGCCGAGGCAUCCACUGCAGGAGGGGAGGGAGAGAAAGAGAGAGAGAGAGGAGACCUCUUCUCUGAGGCGGUCUGAUAACGCCCUAAAAUAUGAAGCUAGCAGCCACCGGGUCUUGAACGUGGCAGCAAGCAGACAUUAAUUAUUUCCACCAGAGUGCAGAAUGUGAAAACAUGAGUGAAAGUGUUUAUGGAAGGGCGUCAGUCAGUUCAGGGUAUUUCUUUUCUUUUUGCUUUUUCAUAAGUACUGUAAAGAUUGUUUUUAACUCCUGUACGAGGUUUUAUGUGUGAACUCUUGUCAGCACAUUGAACAGAAAUGCAACAACAAUCAGGCAUUAGAUGUCUUCGGUUCCAGAAGAAAUCAUUCGCUGCUUUUUUCAGUUUAGGAAGCACAAUGAAAAAAUAAAUAAACAAUAAAAAAAGGGAAUUGACAAAGAAAAAUA